AUGAAUAGCCACUCCCCGGUCGUCGAUCUCACCUCGUCCGCUCGGUCCGCUAGACCAACCCGGCCCUUCCCCAUCCGCCUCUCGUCAUCACCGCAACAAGCCACUGGACACUAUGCCUUCUCUUCUCCUUCUUCUUCGUCCUCUUCCUCUACCCCUCACAGGGGCCGACAACUUCACCGUGGUGUAAAGCGCCGUCGUCUGAGUAGUGACAGUGGCUCCCGGGCAUCGGCACCAUCGGCGCUGGCGCAGCCGGAAGACGAUGAAGACUUCGUGGAAGCAAUCGACUUGACAGGUGUGGAUGGCUCCGUUUCGUUGGCAAAGGCAUUGGCAAAGCAGCGAGAGGAUGCAGUGAAAGCCCAGCAAUCGCUUGAACACGAGAAGGGGCGUUCGGUGCUGGCCUCGUACAACUGCCCCGUGUGCAUGGACACACCCGAGGAUGCGACAAGCACAGCGUGUGGUCAUCUCUUCUGCCACAAAUGUAUCAUCGACUGUUUGAAAAACAGCGAAGAGCAACGCACAGACUCGUCAGGCAAAUCACAGCGAGGCACUUGUCCCGUGUGCCGGAAACCUCUCACCAGAAACGAAGCGGUUGGACCAAGGAGGAGCCUUAUUCCCCUGCAAAUCAAGUUGAUGACGAAGAAAAGAGGCGCCGCCACUCCUGAAGAGGUAUAG